CCCAAGCGCCUGACGAUCUCUAAAUCGUUGAAAAUUGUCACCUACGACAUUUGGUCUUUCAACAGGAACGGAUGUAGAUAUAUUGGGGCGGGAGGAUCCCGACGUAAUUUGUAUCCCGCAACCUUUGAGUUCAUUACAUCUCGGAACCAUGAUCGCGGUCAAGAGAGAGGUGGAUGCCCCAGAGUUACUUCCGAAAUUUUCCUGACACACAAUGCGGGAGAGGAUUGCAAGUUCUCGAAUUGCACCCCCCUUGGAAUGAGCAGCGCCACCCCGGACCCAUAAACAUUGGGAACAUUCAUUAUGAGUUGGACCUCGAUCUUCGUUCACUCCAAAUAAAGCUUUCAAUUUCAUGGCUCUCGCGAAACUUCUCCCUCUUUCCCAUCGGCUCUACGUCUAGUGGAUUCAUUUCAGAAUCUUACAGGGCAUCAGUUGCUAGCAUUCUCUGCGGCGACACAAAUGUCUUUGAAGUGGUAGAGACUCAGCCAUUCACCGACCAUGGAUAUACAGAUUGCUGGAUGAAGAUGAAUCCAGAUAUAGCUGCAUCUUCGACGGUUCCCAGCUCGCGACCUUCAGGCUCAACUUUUGGUUUGUUCGGCCUAAAAUCAACACUUGACUCGAACGGGGUUUUUCCGCACGACGCACAUGUUCGACGGCUAGACUUCGUUUUAGCUCGGAAUUUCGAUGUGAAGGAGUGCGUGUAUCUAGGGACUAAGGAAGAGGGCACGGGCUCAGGGAAAACAAGGAUGAAGUCAUGGAAGAUACACUGAUAUGGCCAAGCGAUCAUUGCGGUGUGUAUGCAAAUCUUAGCUGCGGUCGCCAUCAUUGGCCACAGCGGACUAGGCUCGAACUAUGCAUUGGGAAUUGCUGGGGUUAGUGGGAAACAUUAGGAUAACGUCUACUCAAAUAGCAGGGUGCAAUAAGGAUAUAUUGUGGA